AAUGUCUGGGGGCAGCGGUGAUGGCGCCCCAGAGAGGGAUGACUGUGGCCGUGCUGGUGUGAGGAAGGACAGUCUGCCGUUCAGCAGUGAAAGGUAUAACCAAGAUAACAGGUACACCAAUAACGCCAAGAACUCAAUAAAACCUUCCCCCGUUGAUCAUGACCUUGGCGAUGGACCAUCGUUGUUGUCCAUCAGUGUCGACCGUGAGGUCCUGCGCCUGCCAAGGGUUAUUCCUCGCCCCUCCUGGAGGGCUGAUCAGGGUUAUCAAAGACUCAGAGUAUGUCGCCAGAACACAAGUGAGGUUAACAUGGAGUUAGAAGACUCUUCUCACAACCUGGAACAUGGCGUCCGAGGGUCUCCAAAGUCGAAUCAAGAAAGAAAAGAAAAAAGCCACCUUGAUAGUGGUAAUGACUAUAAUUAUGAUUAUUCUCAGGAAAAUUGGAUUCUGCGAGAUUCUAUGAGCCAACAUAAGAGGUCAGAGAUGGGUGCUAGACGAGACCACAUACCAUUACCGAGACCUACAAGACGUGGUAACACACGACUGGACGCAAGGGAGCAGGGGGAGGUGACGCAAGAGCAGCCUCCACACGUCUCCCACCACUGGGAUGACUGGGACGCAACACCAACUGACACAGAGGCCGUCAACCUACUGGUUGAUUUACUGCCUUCUCAAAUAGAAAGAAAAACAGGUACUCUGAGGCUCCGGGGGGCGACGAGGCCGGCGGACCCCACACACGCCCCGCGCUCACCGGGACGCCCUGGACACCAGCAUCACAGCGAGGCGGAGAUCGUGGAGGCGCUGGAGAGGGUGAAGGAACAACCGUGGCCGAUGACCAGACGCAGGACGACACGGCAACAACUCCUCCAGGAACUGGAGGAGCAGGAGGCGAGGUGGUACUCGGUGCGUCCCGUGGCCAGGGCGGUGAGGAAGGGCACCACCUCACUCACCAACUUCCUCUGGGCGGCUGAUGUGAGUACCGCUCUCCUUCCUUACUGCUUUUACCUUUACUUCACUAUAGGAAAUACCUUCAAGGUCAUACUUCAGUUAGGCUCGUGUAAGCUGUUUGAUUUGUAGUACAUAGGUAAUUAU